AUGACAGAAAAAGUGAAAUCAGUUCUACUGAUUGGUGGCGCAGGUUUUCUAGGUCUACAUUUAAUUCAACAGUUUUAUGAUAUGCCUAGUAAACCCCAAAUUUGUGUAUUUGAUGUAAGACCAUUACCAGAGAAACUAUCUAAGCAAUUUACAUUUGAUCCCGAAGCAAUUGAGUUCUUCAAAGGUGACUUAACUUCCGAAGAUAGUGUCACAGAAGCUAUUAAACUAACUAAUGCCAAUGUUGUAGUUCACGCAGCCUCUCCAGUGCAUGGUGGUGAAGCUAGUAUCUAUGAGUUAGUUAACGUCAAGGGUACCAGGAAUAUUCUUGAUGUCUGUAAGAAGACUGGCGUUUCUACUUUUGUGUAUACUUCUUCAGCAGGUGUUAUCUUUAACGGUCAAGAUGUCCAUAAUGCUGAUGAAACAUGGCCAAUCCCUGAGGUCCCAAUGGAUGCAUAUAAUGAAACUAAAGCAAUCGCAGAAGAUAUGGUUUUGAAAGCUAAUGAUCCAACCAAUGGAUUUUAUACAGUUGCAUUACGUCCUGCUGGUAUCUUUGGUCCAGGUGAUAGACAAUUAGUUCCAGGGUUAAGAACUGUAGCCAAGUUAGGGCAAUCAAAAUUCCAAAUUGGUGACAACAACAAUUUGUUUGAUUGGACAUACGCAGGUAAUGUUGCAGAUGCCCAUGUUUUAGCCGCAGAAAAAUUAUUGAACCCAGAGACUCGUGAUAAUGUUGCCGGUGAGACCUUCUUCAUUACUAACGAUACCCCAUCUUACUUUUGGGCUCUAGCUCGUACUGUUUGGAAAGCUGACAAUCACAUUGAUAAACGUGUCAUUGUAUUGAAAAGACCAGUAGCUAUUCUAGCUGGUUACCUUUCAGAGUUUUUCUCAAAACUAUUAGGUAAAGAACCAGGUUUGACGCCAUUUCGUGUAAAAAUUGUAUGUGCUUCCCGUUAUCAUAACAUUAGUAAAGCUAAGAAGUAUCUAGGCUAUGAACCUAGAGUUGACAUCGAGCAAGGUAUUAUGAACACUUUAGCUUGGAUGGACGAAGGUUUGGAAUGA